CUUUUAAUUUACUAAAACUUGUUGCACCAGUGUGAAAUACAGCGGUAUAAUACGUGAAGCUAUUUAGUCGCUUUCCUCCCUCAGAAAAUGGUUCCCAGUGCAUGUGACUGAAAUCACAUUUCAAGGGAUGUUGAUUCCUUCGUAUCGUUUCUUUCUCUCCAGUCGCCCCACCCAGUUGAAGGCUCUCCAGCCUGAGCCCAGGAAAACACCCCCCUCCUGGACGGGAGAGCCGUAAACAGUAGAUCAGACCGAGAGCAGAGGGAUGUGAGGACGGUCUUGUCCAGAUCUUGGGUGUUAAGGCGCCGGCUGCUGAUCGAUUAUCUGUUUUCUAGGAGGCUGCUCGCCGCCGGUGCUCCCCGGGUGACUGCUGCUGGAGGCGGCGUGAGAUGCUGAUGACAGGCCGAGCCUCUUCUGCUGCGAUCUGUUUUGCGGAUGGAGACCCGAGCCAGAGCAGCUGAAGGGCGAUAAAUCAGAAUAAGAGAGAGCGAGAGGCCAGUUUGAUCCAGUCUGCGAGGAGGGAUCCGGACCGGAGGAGGAGUGAGGAGGAGCGACGACAUGUUCUGAGCGGGGAGCCGACGAGCGGCGGCGGCGGCGGCGGCUGGCGGGAUGAGGGCUCCGAGGAGACCGAGGCAGACGCGACUCCUCCCCCGGUUCUGCGUCUGUGGAGUCGGUCUGCUGGCAGCCGCCUGGGUCUUUCACAUCAAUCAUGUUACAGGCUCAUUUGGCCCAACUGUGGAUCACAGCGUCUUCCUGUCCAAGAGAGAGCUCCUCCAGCCAAAGGAAGACAACCACAAUGAAAGUGUCUCCAAAUCUGCUAUCAGUGAGUUCCCUGAAGACAUCUUUACUCUGGAUCAGAGGAGACACGGAGCCGUACUCCUUCACGUUCUCUGUGCUAUCUACAUGUUUCACGCUCUGGCCAUUGUGUGUGAUGUUUACUUCGUGCCGUCACUGGAAAUGAUAUCUGAGAACCUUCAGCUCAGUCAGGAUGUUGCCGGGGCAACCUUCAUGGCAGCUGGGAGCUCCGCCCCCGAGCUCUUCACCUCUUUGAUUGGGGUGUUUAUCACAAAGGGAGACGUCGGUGUGGGAACCAUCGUAGGAUCGGCAGUCUUUAACAUCCUGGUGAUCAUCGGCAUCUGCGGCAUCUUCUCCGGGCAGCCCAUCUCUCUGAGCUGGUGGCCACUGUUCCGCGACGCUGUCUUCUACAUCCUGUCCAUACUGGUGCUAAUUUUGGUGAUUUAUGAUGAGAAAGUCAUGUGGUGGGAGACCAUCAUCCUGAUCUCUAUGUAUGGAAUCUAUAUAAUCAUCAUGAAGUUCAACAGGUCCCUGUGCUGCCUGGUGGAGAGGCACUGCAGCCGGGCGGGUCAGCCGUGUCUGAGCAGCCUGCGGCGGACGACCGCCGUCGGAAACGCUGUGGACUGUGACAAUGACAUGGUGCCGCUGAAGCCAGACUCGUGUGUGGUGGCCGGCCAGGACUCAGGGGUGGUGAUGGUGGAUGAGCUGGUGAACCUGCACCCCCAUCAACUCACCUUCUCAGAGGCAAGCCUCCGCCUUCUCAUCACCCCGCAUUUUCCCCCCUCCACCCGCCUGCGCAUGGCGGGACGCAUGAUCAUCAACGAGAGGCAGAGGCUGAUUCGGGCUCGAGUUGGCCCCGAGGAGGGGGGAGUCUCGGGGGAGGAAGCCGCGGGAGCCAGCGGGUCCUGGGGGAGGGAGAACGGGACGGUGGCCGAGGGAGACCGACAGCAGCUGGAGGGAGAGAGCGACGGGGGAAAGGAGACAGGGCAGGAGAAGGAGGCGGCGCAGCCGAAGGAGGAAGAGGAGGAGGACGAGGACGAGGAGGAGCAGGAGGAAGGAGAAGAGGGGAACGCUGCUUUUAAACCCUUCGUCUUUCCAGAUGGUUGGUGUGUGCGUCUGAAGUGGCUCCUGUCCUGGCCCCUGAGCGUCCUGCUUUACUGCUCCAUCCCCGACUGUAGCCUGCCGCGGUGGGAGCGCUGGUACCUGGUCACCUUCCUGUCUUCAACGCUCUGGAUAGCCCUCUUCUCCUACCUCAUGGUCUGGAUGGUGACCAUAAUCAGCUACACACUUGGAAUCCCUGAGGUCAUCAUGGGCAUCACUUUUCUGGCAGCCGGCACCAGUGUUCCCGACUGUAUGGCCAGUCUCAUAGUCGCCCGACAAGGGAUGGGCGACAUGGCCGUGUCCAACACCAUCGGCAGUAAUAUCUUUGACGUGCUGCUGGGCCUGGGCUUCCCCUGGGCGCUGAGGACUCUCAUAGUCAGCUAUGGAUCAGUGGUGACAAUCAACAGCAAAGGCCUGGUGUACUCGGUGAUUCUGCUACUGGCCUCGGUCACACUCACUGUCCUGUGCGUCCAUCUGAACCGCUGGAGGCUGGACCGGAGGCUGGGAGUCUGUCUCCUGCUGCUCUACUCCAUCUUCCUCCUCUGCUCCGUCGGCUUCGAGCGGCUGUAGAGGAAACGACCACUCCACCACACACCUUCACUGCUGCCAUUAUUAACCAAAUGUACGAAGAGGUGAUUUUUAAUUCCACCACACAGUAGCUGUGCGAGUCUGAGCGGCGUUGCGCGACACCGGCUUCCUGAAGGCGUCAUUGUUUACCUUUGAUAAAUAAGUAUUUUACAUAGUUUUGUACCGAGCACCUCCAGCCCAGAUUUUGUGAAAUCAAACAGGUCAAUGCACUGUCUCACCACAAAUUUAUAAUAUAAAAUGCUCAAUUUGUAUUCUGAAGCCAGGAGUAUUGUGUAAGGAACCCCAAAGUGUGUUAGUUUACUUACUCUUACUUUAUAACUGCCACAAGUAACCUCAAUGAACAGACGACUAUAUGUGUACGUUUCUAUAGUUGCUUCUCAGCUGGUGCACUUAUGUAAAGUUUAAUGUCACCACUCCUCUGUGUCAGUAGCUGUAAAUGGCAAAGCAUGGCUGUUCAUCACGCUCCAGGUGAUUGCACUAAGCGCCUGUUGUCUGGGCCCUGUACAUAGUGUAGGCCCGCGCUCUUUUCCUAAAAGCUUCUCAGCACACGGGUUGUGUUUUUGUUAGGGAACAAAGGCGACUAUAUGCUACAAAGUGUUUUUUGAAUGUCUGUUUGGAGAGAGAGUCCUCGAGUUUAUAUCUGUUGAGUUAUGAGUGCAAUAAAACGCUUUGUUCUGUGAGGUUACCGCUCAGAUGCUGGAGAGUCAUGA